UCAGCCCACCAAAAAGGAAGCCCCGCCAUUUCAUCCCAUCUCAUCCUGCCUCUCCUUCACGCUUCCCAUAACCAAGCGCCGCCUGGGUGCGCGAGGCUGAAUUGGAGGGUUGUAUUUCAAGGGGAUUUGUUGGUAUUAUAUAUUGUCGGCUUUGCAUUUUUCCUUGUUUAUCUUUUUGUGAGUUGAUUGUUGGUCGUUGUUUAUAUACCGAGGUUGUCUCGAGUCCGUGUUUAUUAUCGGUGUUAAGACGAUACCCGGCAACGAGCCGUCCCGCUCGUCUCUAACGCUACUAGUGCGUCGGCCAGUUUUAUAUCUUUUUUGUAUCUUCAUGCCAUGAACGUAUAGUACGUCGCAGGGAAGCAGAGCAGAUCGAUCGCCGUCACCAUGAGCAUCUCCCUGCCCAUGCACCCGUCUCCGAGUCAGAGGAACCGCAAGAGCAGGGACUACUUCACAAACAACUCGGCAACCUCUCCAGGGACUCCAAGUGGCCCGCUGAGAGAACUAGCCUUGGAGCCGCCGUCUAUCAACGACCGGCUUAUCGUCGGCGUCGACUUCGGAACUACCUUUUCCGGGGUUGCUGCUGUCUACACCGGGACACCAGACGACGUCGAAAUCAUCAAGACAUGGCCGGGCGGCAAUGGCAUCACAUCGGACAAGGUCCCGACCGAGAUCUCGUAUGACCUCCCAGCCGAUGCGGCCGCCGGGACCGCCCCCACGGUAAAAUGGGGCUUCCAGUUCCGGCCCGAGGAGUCACGCCUCCGAUGCAUCAAGCUGUUUCUUGACCGCUCGCAGAAGCUGCCUUUCUAUGUUAGCCCCUUGGAGACGGCCGCCCAGCUCAAGCGGUACAACAAGACGGUCGUCGAUGCCGUGAGCGACUACCUGACCCAAAUAUACAAACACACAAUGGACACCCUCCGCCGCCGAUACGGCGAGUCCUUCAUGGCCUCGACCAAGGUCGACUUUGUCCUGACGUGUCCCGCCGUGUGGUCUGACGCCGCCAAGAACACGACCCUCCAAGCGGCCGAGAGAGCCGGCAUGGGUUCGCAAUCGCAGAUUCAGAUGAUCAGCGAGCCCGAGGCCGCCGCUGUCUACACUCUAAAGGCCAUACAACCGAAUCACCUCAAGGUUGGAGACAAUUUUAUCGUCUGUGAUGGCGGCGGCGGCACUGUCGAUCUAAUUGCUUACAAAAUCGUCUCGUUGAAGCCGAUUCGCGUGGAGGAGUCUGCGGUCGGGACAGGCGGGCUCUGUGGAAGCGCCUUUCUCAACUACCGCUUCGAGGAGCAUGUGAAGAACCGCAUCGGCCAGACUCGGUUUGAUGAGAUGAAGACGAAGAAGGGCAAGACAUGGCAGAUGGGGCUCCGGUACUUUGAGGAGUUUGUUAAACGCAACUUCAACGAGGACGAGCACCAGGAAGUAAACGUUCCCUUCCCUGGUCUCCCCGACGACGAAGAAGCCGGCCUCGACUCGGGCUUCCUCGUCAUGUCAGCAGAACAAAUCAAGGACAUCUUCGACCCAGUUGUCAAGGAAGUCUGCGACCUCGUCCAAGGUCAGGUAGAUACCCUCCGCGCCAAGGGCGGCGUGGUCUCGGGCAUCAUCCUCGUCGGUGGCUUCGGCCAGAGCGAUUACCUCUACCGCCGCCUCAAAAACCACUUCACCAGCGCCGCGCCGCCCCCCUACAGCAAGAUACCCACCAACGCCAACGCCAACACCGACCUCAGCGAGCACCCCUCCAUCGAGGUGAUGCAGCCCGUCUAUGCAUGGACGGCCGUCGUGCGCGGCGCCGUAUUACGCGGCCUCGAGGGCAACAUGGUGAUAUCCCGCAAAUCCCGCAUGCACUACGGCACGUCGUACGCCACCAUCUACGACGAAGCCAAGCACUCGGUCUCGGAGCGGUACUGGUCGCCUCUGUGGGAGCGCUGGAUGGUUUCAGACCGAAUGCAGUGGCACAUUGCCAAAGGCGAAGCAAUAUCCCCCCUCCAGCCCAUCGCCUUCCACUACACGCGCAACUUCCGCUCGGGCCAGUCGCUCGCCGUGACCGACGACCUGAUCGCCUGCGAGGCCGACGAGCCGCCCCGCGCCUACACCCGCGACCUCGUGCACGUCUGCACCCUCACCACCGACCUCAGCGCCGUGCCCCGCAGCCUCUUCACCCGCCUGACCACCACCCGCGGCGUCGAGUUCGACAACCUCGAUUUUACGCUCGAGAUGAUUGUGGAUAGUGCCGGGUUGGGGUUCGAGCUGAAGGUGGAUGGGGUUAGGUAUGGGAGGGUGGAUGCGGAUUUUCAUUGA